AUUGCCCGAGCUUAUGAGAAAGGUGGAGCAACAUGUCCCAGUGUUUUGACGGACCAGAAGUAUUUUAAGGUAUUUAUAUCAUGUUUGCUCUUGGGUUUCUUUGAGUACUUGGAGGCAAAAAGAAACGCUGGAGUAGAGUGUCCACUUCUGUGCAACGAAUUCAUCAUAGAUGCAUGGCAGAUCUAUUAUGCACGAAUUAAAGGCGCAGAUGCAGUAGUGUUUUAUUGCUCUGCUGUUUUGCCCGAUCUUGACAUCAAGUACAUGACUAAGAUCUGCAAGAUGCUUGGUUUGGCUGCCCCUGCAGGGGUGCAUGAUGAGAGGGAAAUGGAUCUUGCUCGUGGAAUAGACGGAAUAGAGCUUAUUGGUAUCAACAAUAGAAAUCUUGGAACAUUUGAGCUUGAUGUUAGUAAUACAAAGAGGCUUCUUGAAGAAGGCAGGCGUGGUCAGACUGAUCCGUGA